UGUUUUCCACUGCAAACUGCGCAGUUGUAUCAAUAUAGUCAAUACAACGAUAAGCACAUUAAAAAUUACCCGAUUCGGCGAUCGCAGGGCGAUUGCCUAUCUGGGCUUAUCAGGGUUUGGUUUGCUCCUCACAAACCUGCAAACGGCCGCUCGCUCGCUGGCUCUGCGAAAGCCUCCAAAGCCCUGCGAUUUCCCGUCUUUUGGCUGCUGCAAACACCUUCCUCGCGCACUUUUAUCGCUGCUUCCGCGCUGUCCGCUCUUUAUUCCAGGCUCAGAGUAAUUGCAAUUGAAACAGUUUGACAAUAAUGGUCUUUGGUAGCAAGAACAAAGACGAGAACCUCGAAGUCGUUUCCGUCGAUGACAUCGACGAGGUCGAAGGAGACCAGCACAACAUGCUGCUGUCGAUCAUCGCCUCGCUGCGUCCCGGAUCCGACCUGUCGCGCAUCACCCUCCCGACAUUUAUCCUCGAGCGCAAGUCGAUGCUGGAGCGUAUCACAAAUCAGCUUGCGCACCCUGACCUGCUUCUGCAGGCUCAUGCUUCUGAGGAUCCGGUCGAGCGCUUCGUGGGCGUGGUUAGAUGGUAUCUCUCGGGAUGGCAUAUUGCUCCCAAGGCCGUCAAGAAGCCGCUGAACCCGGUCCUGAACGAGUACUUCACCUGCUACUGGGACCUGCCGAACAAUACCCGUGCGUAUUACAUCUCAGAGCAGACCUCGCAUCAUCCCCCCAAAUCCAGCUAUUUCUACAUGUCGCCCGAGAACCACAUCAGGAUCGACGGAACGCUUGUGCCCCGGUCGCGUUUUCUCGGCAACUCCGCCGCCAGUCUGAUGGAGGGCCACGGAUACCUCACGUUCCUCGACAAGACCGAUUUCCGAGGCAAGACUGAAAAAUACGAGCUCACGCAGCCAAACAUGUACGCGCGAAAUAUCCUGAUUGGCAAGCUAAAGUACGAGCUCGGCGACCACUCGCUCGUCAAGUGUCCCGGCAACGACCUCGUGGCCGACAUCGAGUUCAAAGUCAAGGGCUUCAUCUCGGGCACCUACAACGCGAUCCAGGGCAAGAUCUCGCGUCAGUCGACCGGAGACGUGCUGUACGAGAUCAGCGGGAAAUGGAACGAGGUGAUGGAGAUCAAAAACAUGAAAACCGGCGUCAAGUCUGUGUUUUUCGACACCCUCAAGGCCAAGCCUAUAUUCCCCUUGGUGCGACCGAUCGAAGAGCAAGGCGCGCUCGAGUCCCGACGACUGUGGCUGAAGGUGACGAACGCGCUCGCACGCAAGGACCACACCGUUGCCACCGACGAGAAGUUUGCGAUCGAAGACCGUCAGCGUCAAGAAGCCAAGGCGCGAGAGGAGGAGGGCGUCGAGUGCCACCCGAGACUAUUCAAGGAAGCCCCCGCGCCGCUCGAGUGGAUCAUCCACAAGGAAAUCACGGGGACGACUCCCGAGGAGCAAACAGAAGAGAUCCUGAGCAUCGCGCCAAUUCUACCCGGUCAACAGGCCAGCAGCGAGUUCGACAUCCCUCCUCGUCGCCCUAAAGCUUAAGAGUGAAGGCGAGAAGAACAAAAGAACAAAAAAAAAAGAAUAAAAAAGAGGAAGAUGCAGGGUAGAAUUGAACUCUUGAUUUGAAUUUACGUUUUCAGGCGUCGUUGAUUAGUAUGUCCUUUGUCAUUAUUUUUUUUGAAAUCUGCUGUUUGUUAUAGUUUUGCUCUGCGAGUUCAUGUUUGUUUUAUUUCUCUUUUUAUAUAUAUGUACUCUUCUUUUCUCUUUCCAGCAGGGUGUGCUGCAGUUUCUACUACUACUACUACUACUAGUCUGUGCUGUGUUUUCCUUGUUUCCGCUCAUUAUGUGUUAGAUAUCGGAAUGCUUUUCUCUUUCUUAUUUUGCGCUGUGUCAUUUUUUCGGAAUAUGGUACAUUGUGUGUGUGUGUGUGUGUGUUGUGUAUUCAGUCCUUGAGCCUACCUAUCUAUUUUAAUACUGUCUGUAACUUCUUUUUAAGCCGUGUUAUUUUAUUCAAACUGACAAC